CUAACUCAACACCUCUCGGUCGUCUUCACCCGGUCUUGGCUGGAAAGGGCUCGGGAGCUGGUCCAUUAGGCAACGCACCUAACUCUGAUCUUAGGUCGCACAUCGAAGCCGCCAAACGAGCAGCGGAAAUUGCCGCCAGCAGUAUGUCGUCUUUCCCAGCCUAUCUGUGUGUUUCGGUGUUCAAUUGUGUCUUCAUAAUAAGCGCAGAUCCUGUCUAUGUCUUCAGAUUGUCAUCGCGAGCUGAUGCUCGGCGUCUCAGGGUGGGGCCCUCUUUGGGGUUACCUUCCGAGCUAAUUCUUUUUACGUUCAGAUUAUUGCGAUGAAAACAAACUCGUGAUUUGUAUUCAGUUAGGUUUAAUUGGACGUAGCUUUCUCAGACGACUGCAGAAAAACAGUCGCAGGUUGUGAUGAACUUAGAUAUCAACAAGAAGAAGAAGAAGAAGAGCCGAUGGGCACAGGAUGAGGCGAGGACGAUUAUUCCUGGAAUGCCGACAAGCAUUCCAAUCAAUAUGUCAGCGAAAGAUCAGAAAGUUUAUCUCAUGACCAUUCAAGUUGAAGAAUUGAGCAGGAAGCUAAGGACUGGUGAUUUUGGGAUUCCACUUCAUCCAGAAGAUAGAUCUCCAUCUCCGGAACCGAUCUAUGAUCAUCAGGGCAAGAGAAUGAACACGCGUGAAUAUCGAACUAAAAAGAAAUUAGAAGACGAAAGACAUAAACUUGUGCUGGAGCUGCAGGAAACAAACCCGGAGUAUAGGCCACCUGUAGACUAUAAGGCCCCAAUGAUGAAAGUUCAGGAUAAAGUGUGGAUUCCACAAGAAGAGCAUCCGGACAUCAACUUCAUCGGAUUGCUGAUUGGACCACGAGGUAUGACCCUGAAACAAGUAGAACAAGAGACAAAAACAAAGAUUAUCAUCAGAGGCAAAGGAUCAGUCAAAGCAGGAAAGAUUGGUAUAAAGCCAGGCCAACCAAUGCCGGGAGAAGACGAACCAUUGCAUGCACUCGUCACAGCUUCAAAUCAGGACGACCUUCAAUCAGGAAUAAGAAAGAUUAAUGAAAUGAUUAGACAUGGUAUUGAAGUUCCUGACUCUGAAAGCGAAAUAAAAAAGGAACAGCUCAAACAGCUUGCUCUCUACAAUGGCACGUUCAGACAAGAAGACUUGCUACAACGAUUCAUACAGCCAGAGCAGCCGUCGGUGACAAGUCAGAUUCUUUGCACAAAAUGUGGUGGAUAUGGUCAUCCUGCUAGUGACUGCAAAGUCAAGAUUGAGAGCAGUGUGGUAACCGACGCACCCUCGGUCGUCGUGGACAAAGCAAAAAUGGACAGUGAGUAUCAAUCUCUUAUGGCCGAGUUGGGUGAAGCUCCAGCUCCAACAAUUCCUGAACCAGCGGUGAAGACUGAACCAUCGGGCGCCAUACUUCCCACUCCUGUCACCACCGUCCCGGAUGCAACAGGCCAGAGAGCACCACCUCUCAUGAACACACCAGGCGUGCCACAAACCGGCACGCCUGCCGUCGCAGCAGCUCAAGUUGUAUGGCCAGGCGCGUACAAUCCAUGGCAGGCGUACUAUGGAAUGCUUUCCGGCGUCGUCCGACCCACAGUUGGAGUGACUGCCACCGGACUGACUCUUCCGGGACUUGCCACGUCGAAGGUUGGUGUUCCCGGCGCAGUUCCCGGAUUGACUGCGUCCGCUAGUGUGGCUGGCUACACUAACCAAUGGCUGCAGCAGAUGAGGCUGGCAGCUCCGCCACCACCGCCAGGUACACAGUAGAUGAAGAAAGUCGUUGUGGUUGUGGAAGAGGAGGUCCGCGUGUUGUACUUACUCUCUGUGGAUUGGUACUCUAGGAUUGGCAAUGUACUAGUAGUAGCUAGGCGUUAUAUUUAUUAAAUAUGGAAGCUAAACGUUGGCAUUUGACUUAA